GUCCGGGCCGUGCUGCUGCUGGGGGAGCCCUUUUGGGGCCCCCAACCCUUCGAUUUCGGGGCGCAGGGCACGGCGCGGGGGGUGCGGGGGCUGCUCCCCCAAAUCCUGGGGGGCCGCCUGUGCCCCCCGCCCGCGCCCAGCUACGCCCUGCACCGCAAGCUGGGGGGGGUCUUCCUGGCCUGCGCCCACCUCGGGGGGCGCGUGCGCUGCCGCCGCCUCUUCCUGCAGCUCUACGGCGCCUACUGGGACCCCAAAAACCGGGGGGACCCCAAAAAGCCGCGGG